GGCGGCGAGGAGCACGCGCACUAGACACCGUGCGCCGCGCGCUGUCUUCGAGGCGCUAACCGCGGCGGCAGCCGCCGCUGCGCCUCCCCGAGGCCGGCGCGUUGUGGUGCGCGCAAUCGAGGCGGCGGCGCGAAGCAGCAGCGAGACGAGAAUCACACGAAGGCAGCAGCAGCAGCUCGGCCGGCUCGCCACAGUACCCGCGCGGCUCUUCAGACCGUGCGUUAGCCGCCCUGUGUGGAUGUCAGUGGCUCCGCGCCAGCGCGCGCUCUCCCAAUGGAUACCGCCUCCGACAAUCAGCCCUUCCACCAUCGGUGCAGGCUGCAACCUCUUAUCGUUCGGACAUCGGCCACGACACGCCGGCAGGCGUGAUGGGCGUCGGGUCGCGCGGUGUGCGGCCCGCGGCAGCGUAGCAGCAGUAGCCAGCCACCAGCAUGAACCUGGACGCCGAGAACCGCGUCGUACUCAACGUGGGCGGCAUCCGGCACGAGACCUACAAGGCGACCCUCAAGAAGAUCCCCGCGACGCGCCUCUCCCGGCUCACCGAGGCCCUGGCCAACUACGACCCCGUGCUGAACGAGUACUUCUUCGACCGCCACCCGGGCGUCUUCGGACAGAUACUCAACUACUACCGCACGGGCAAGCUGCACUACCCGACCGACGUGUGCGGGCCGCUCUUCGAGGAGGAGCUCGAGUUCUGGGGACUCGACGCCAACCAGGUGGAACCCUGCUGCUGGAUGACCUACACGCAGCAUAGGGACACGCAGGAGACGCUGGCCGUACUGGACCGGCUAGACCUGGACACGGACAAACCGAGUGAGGAGGAGAUCGCACGCAAGUUCGGCAUGGAGGAGGAGUACCUCGCUGGCACGCUGUCCUGUUGGCAGCGGGUCAAGCCCAAGAUCUGGUCGCUGUUCGACGAGCCGUACUCUUCCACCGCCGCCAAGAUCAUCGGCGUGAUGUCCGUGUUCUUCAUCUGCGUCUCCAUCCUGUCCUUCUGCCUCAAAACCCACCCCAACAUGCGCGUGCCAGCCAUUAAGAACAUCACCGUGCAGACGUCGGAGAGCGCCGUCGCGUGGACGCUGGACAAGAUCCAGACGAAUCCGCACGACGCGUUCUUCUACAUCGAGUGCGUCUGCAACGCCUGGUUCACCUUCGAGAUCAUCAUUCGCUUCGUGGCCAGCCCCAGCAAGCUGGACUUUGUGCGCGGCGCGGUCAACAUCAUAGACUUCACGGCCACGCUGUCCUUCUACAUCGACCUCACGCUCCAGAAGCUCGCCUCGCACCUGGAGAACGCGGACAUACUAGAGUUCUUCUCAAUCAUCCGCAUCAUGCGACUAUUCAAGCUCACCCGCCACUCGGCGGGCCUCAAAAUCCUCAUACAGACAUUCAAGGCCAGCGCCGGCGAGCUCAUUCUGUUGGUAUUCUUCCUGGUGCUGGGCAUCGUGAUCUUCGCCAGCCUCGUCUACUACGCCGAGCGGAUCCAGUCGAACCCCGAGAACGACUUCAACAGCAUACCGCUCGGCCUCUGGUGGGCCCUGGUCACUAUGACCACAGUGGGCUACGGCGACAUGGUGCCCAAGACUUACGCCGGCAUGUUCGUGGGUGCGCUGUGCGCGCUGGCCGGCGUGCUGACCAUCGCGCUUCCCGUGCCCGUGAUCGUGUCCAACUUUGCCAUGUUCUACUCGCACACGCAAGCGCGGGCCAAGCUGCCCAAGAAGCGGAGACGUGUGGUGCCCAUCGAAGUGCCCCGGGGACCUCACCGCAGGCCGCCCGACGUCAAGAACACCAAAGACGCUUGUAAGGCGGGACGGCAGCAGCAAGUGAUGGCCGACCUUCCCAGGAGGAAUCAGACGAUACGCACCAGGGGUCCGGGCAAUGGGGAGGAGUGCGUGCCGAUGCUGAUGCUGAACCAUUCGGAAACUGCCCAGGAGACGACGGGCCGGACGCCGCCGCGACGAACGAGCAGCUCCGCCGACCGCAGCGCCAAGCUCCUUGAGAUGGGCGCCUCGAGCAUCUCUCCAGCUUCCCACGUGGGCUGCGGCAGCGGCGGUUCGACGGCGACGGACGGCGGGAGCGGCGGCGGCAGCUCGUCGGCGGCCGUCAACCCGUCCUCGACCACGGCCAACCUGAUACAACUGGUCGGCGGCGGAAGUGGCGCGGAGAGGGCGCACCGAGGCAGCGCCACGUCGGCCGCCUCCAUCAUGGCCAUCGCCAACAAGAUCGAGACGUGAGGCACGCGCCUCGCGGCCUGCCGACGCCACGUCGCUGUGGCCGCUUCUCUCUUUAAUCUGGUGCAAGUUGCGACUCUUUAGAAACACAGACUCGUUAAUGAAUGGUGCAGAAAUGUGGUGGUGUGCUUGUUGUGCUGGUGUGUACAUAAUGCGAGGAGUGAGUGCUGGUGAAAAACUGUGGAUACGCCACGUUGUGCCCUGAAGGAAGCAUCGCAUCACAGAAAACGACAGGACUGAGCAAGCCAAGGGGCGGGAAGGGAAGACGGCGGACCCGCCUCGUGAGAAGAACGGGAGGACCACCACAUCGUUGUUCUGUCUCUUCUUUUUUUUUUCAAUUCGUGCUCAUGUCUAUGUCUUUCUUUCAUUUCCUUUUUUUUAUUGAUUUCCUUUUCUGUGUCUCAUCCCGUUUCUUCGGCGUAUCGUGCCACAGUCGACAUCGAUUUGCAAUUAUACGUUGUUUUUCUUCGCACACCUUUUUUACAAGACAUGAGGGCGACUUCCGAAGUGGGGACCUUACUUAACUGUCUUUUAGACAGAAUGAGCUUGUACCCUCUGUACUUUAAGCUCCAGUCUAUAUAUUAUGGCCGCGGGCGUUUCCGAGCCCUCAGAGAACGUGUUGCCAUUAAUUGAUCAUCAAAAGGCUCAAGAACUUCGAUUACUUUCUCCAUAGGACUACUAUACCGUCACAGAAACUCAUUUGACAGAAGAGGAACGAAAGCCAAUAGCUACUCAUUGCUCAUUCCCACAUAGCGUUAAAGAAAACGUAAGGCUUGCCGGAAGCUCCAGCAGACUUUGUCAAAGGCUACCUUCAAUAGCUAACCCAUAUGUAACCCAGACAAAAAUUGUCUCGAACUGGUGACGACGUUUCUAGGGUUGUAUUCCAAUUCUGGCCAUCACUGGAGACAGUCUACGUUGACUGCUAAGAAGACAGCUUUGAGUCCAAGUAAUGGGACCAUAUGGAAGACGUCUGGAAGACUUGACGCCACCUCGAAUUGACAAGAAAAUGCUAAGAAAAUUACAUACUAUUUCUGUAUUUUAACACCUUGUUCUCACGAUCCUGUGAAAAUCACAACGUCGCUUUCAUUAAGCGUUUAAGAAACCAUGACUAGGUUUUCCUGCAAGCAGACCACCUUCGCGUCGAGUUUCCACGUCUUCAGCUCAGCCGCCAUCUUGUUUAGACAAAAAAGUUUAGCCUGCAUAGUUUUUUUAAUUAUUAUUAUUCGAUGCCGUAUUUGCAAAGUUGUCUCUUUUGCUGGCUUCGUUAUUAUUCGAACGAGACUUAAGAUGGCCGCUGUCCGCAAAGCUGUCAAUUUAGCCGUCUAUGGCGAUUAUUGGAACACAGCCCAGGACGGAUGCAAGAUUAAAGAAACAAAAGGCGGGUGAACAAGUGCUGACCUCAAGCGGGGAAACGCGGUAGGUUACACGAACGUAACGGACAGCUUUUCGGCUUUGUAUUGCCGAGACUGAUUUGUUUCGUGAGUUGGUGACGUCAUCGUUACAGGGCCUUCCUUGGCGGAUGCGCUGAAGUGGUUGCACAGACUGAUAACUUAUUCGUUGUAACGGUCCCGACAGCUUAUUAGCAGUUGCUGUCCCCGAUAUCACGCUCAUCGAGGAUGUACGAUAUCGGACGUGCUGUCCCGUGGCCCACUAUAAUACCCUAGGCCGCGAUAGGGGGUGGUUGUACGAGUGGGUACAGACAAUACUUAAAUUUGUCGCUGGGUACUAUGCGACCGUGCUGUGAGAACGAUAGGGAAAUGUGAUAGAGCACAGAAGUUCUUAAGGUGUCUACCCAUUCGACGCCCUGCUUAAACAGCACAAAUUAUUUUGACACAAAAAAUCUUCUCUUGUGUAAAUAACUACUUCCGCUCGUUAUGUAGUUUCAAGCCAACAGACCUCUAAGUAUUUUCCAUCGAUGAGAAAAAAAACAUAAAUAUAGAUACGUGAAGUAUGGCAGGCUCUAGCAAAAGGCAUGCUUCUUGAUUUUUCUUUUUUUUUCUUUCUCUUUGAGCAAGGAUUGUCAAGCCCGAAGUGAGAUAACUGCGUAACUCCAAGCUUGUAUUUCUCUAUAUAUUCUUCUUUUUCUUCGUCAUGUGACGAGAGUGAUCACCUUCGAUUAGCGGCAAGGACCAGAAUUUGCCUCGAAACAAAGCCAUAACUGCAUGUUCCAAAAUGUUGCUCAACGGAUGCACGGACCUACGGAAAUCGCUUUAUUUGUGUUGCUUAUCUUUUGUUUCCCCCCUCCCCCAAUCGUCAGUGAUGCCAUCAACUCUGUUCGAAUGUGUAACACAAGUACCGCUUGGUAACCGCCACUUAAAAGCAUCAAAAAGUAAUUGAGCCAAAUAUGACGUCAUUUUGAAAAGCAUGGCUACUUUCUUUUUCAUGAAAUUAAAUGUUCUUACAGAACGACAUACAAAGUGUCUACUACGAAAUUGCUGCCUGCAAAAAUGGUCUUGCAUCCCGAGCUCUCCCAGAGUCGACGAAUGCGGUCCUAAGUCUUGUGCGUUCGAAUUGAGUCUAGACUACGUGCCUCCUCGUAUAUAGAAAAGGCAAACGUUACUAGUUUCAGGACUGUGAGGUAAGCCAAAAACCCAGCGAUAUGCGCGUAAGAAUUCGUGUGUUUAGCAACAGGCCUCGAAAACAUCUGAUAAUGAAACAAAACCUGGUAUUCUAUCCUUGCUCUUUUCUUUUUUCUUUUUCAUUUCACGUAACAAAAACUGCAUAAUCACAACCAAGCUGCGCCAAAUGUAUGUUGCUCAGUUUAGUAAGCUCUUUGCCGUUACAUAUCGUCAUUGCACCCUCAACCUUGACAAGUUUAUCUUCGCGUAUACCUUAUUUUUGCCUUCUGAUAGCAAGCUCUCACGCAGACGCGGCGACGUUUUGCGAGAGGUCAGUCAACCGUCUCGAUGGGGGCGCAGACGUGACACGUUUGAUAGCAAACAAAAUAUUAACGUGUCAUUGUACGUAAUUCGUGGGCAAAAUACGCGUUUACACAGAUCUCGCAAUCUUUCGCUUACUUUACGCAUAUAGUUUCCUACUACAAUCACCAUAGGGGACUUUGGCACGGCAUUCGUUCAUUUCCGCGGGAAUGAUCGGAAUGAUGGUUAGCACGUGGAUGUACCUAACCUUUGUACUUGUGGCUCAAGUCGUUCUUCUGACUCGACUGAUUGCGUGAGUACGUUAUCAGCGCAAUUUUUUAGUUAAUGUUGAAUCACUUUUCAAUAUCUCAAGGCCGUUCGAAGCCAGAAGGAUGAAGCUUGCGCAAGUCCAAGCACUAAUCGUCAUUCUCAUGCUGGCAGAACCGCCACGUUCGCGGCUCCCGCAUACACUAGCGCCAUAGUUCCCUCUAGUGAGUUUUGUAGUAAGCUCGAUUCUCUAAACAUGUCCUCCGAGAUUUGGCGGCACGGCGCUCUGUCCGAUCUUGGAGGUCAUGAUUUAACUCCUAAAACGGGCCGCAAUGCAAGGACGACCUCACUGUGUAGCAGAAGAGAACAAAAAGCUCGAAGCAUACGCACGUUUUCUUACUCUUCUGGUAACAUAGUUUAGAAAUGCAUCCAGAAGCGCAUCCGAACGAAGGCUGCGUGUGAGGCUGCGUCAUUGCUCUAUGAUAGCACCGUCAUUUUACUUGCGUACGCGUGGAAUCGCUGCGAAAGCAUUUCAGAGCUCCGAAAACGGCUUACAAACGGCAUUCAAAAAGUGGUGGCUGUUUCACACCUUUCUGACCUCGGCGCUUUCACGAGAAGUGGCCUUCCCUUUUCAUUUUUUUUUUAAAUGGCGUUAGAAAUUAUAAAGCUUCGCACGAUUCGUGUUAUUCAACGUAGCAAACCUUGAAAUUCCGUCAUUUUGAAGGCGGUGAUGUGCUUCGCUGAGAGCAGCGCAAAGGACCAAGAAUUUCUUAUACGUCUCCUUGUAGAGAAUUUCAUGUGCUUAAUGUCACCAAAAAGGAAGUUUUAGGAUGUUCACACAGGAGAACGUGGUUUCGCUUGCACAUGCCUUAAGAAGUUUGUACUUAAGCCAAAAAGAAAGAGAAGCACUGCACCCGGAAGUCACGUAUCAACGAUUGUGUAAUUAAGAAAAACGUUGCAUUUACGUAACGAGCAAAAAACAAAAACAAAAAGAAAGUGUAUAAAGCGUUGGACGUGUUCGCUUAAUCUGUGCUCUCCGCAGAUACGUUGUGUAUACAAUGUCACAAGCUCGUCUUAUACAUUCACACAUACCGCAUACAUAUAUAUGUAUAUCUACCAGAGUACACAUACACACACAUCAGCGGGUCCCAAGCGUCACUAUGGUGCCUUUUUUCUAAAUUUAACUAAUGCAGUUUUACCCUGUCUAUACCUCGAUAGAAGCCAUCAAUGUAUUCUCACCACGUAGUCAUUUCACUUGUUGAAGUAGAGGCUUUCUCGCAUACGGAAGAAUACCUCGAACACAGUCGCACUCGGAGACGUGGGAAUAAAGCCUGACGAACUGAAAAGUUAUUUCUUCGGCCAAGGAUGUAAAGGCCAUAUUAGCUAAACAUCAUUACCUUUUCUAGCCAUAGCAAGAGGUAAAUAUGUGCGCGCAAUGAAAACUGUUCUUACCCGCCUAAGGCUUGUUCCUGCGCGCACAUUCAACAGAACGUGCACACUCUUCAUGGGCGAAGCUGAGUGGAAGUAUUUCGUUUACCCAGUGAUGAGAUACUCGCUUGGAGCGACUGCUGGGCCACUGAAAGCAGCAAGGUGUCAUCUAGCCAGCUCUUGGCGCAAGUUCAGAAUCUUGCACUGUAUCUUAUGUUGGCCGUGUAAGGGGAGAGCACGUCGCCAAGGUCUAGCCUUCGGCGUAAGGCAGUCGAUACAGUUUUGAGUUUUUAUCGUUGAAUCGCGUUGGUCAUUGACACUGACACUCAGAACACUAUUAAGCCCAAUCGUGAAACUAAGCAGCAUUUCGCUUUAACGUUCGGACUGUUAGCGAGAGGCGUCAAGCUCGCGCGAUCCAGAACGCAGCGAUAUAAAAAAAAAGAAUGAAAGAAGAAAAUGCAUAGCCCGCGAGAGGGACAUGAAGUACCUACCCUAAGAACGCGAACGCAUUAACAGUGUAUAAAAGGAGCACAGGUGCUGCUACGCUGCAAGCAAGUGAUGCGGCGUCUAAAGCGUACUGUAUUAUCGCGCCCAGUUUUCCAUAUUGUCUCCCACAGAAUCAUUUAGCAGUACGACAUAACGGCUCAAAACUGUAGCUACCAGUGUGUUGGCAAAGCAGAGGUGCGUAUGAGAAAUCGACAAAACGCUCCGCCCCAUAACUAGCAGUAAAACAGUUCGAUGUGUAAAAGCGGCGCUACGCAACAGGCUGGAGGCUAUGACUUGACUCGCAUACGUUUUCAGCUUGAACACGAGUGCUCGAGCACCUCGGUGCAUCGACCAAUCUUGAACGUUUCAGGCUCUUACGCAUCCGAAUGUAUUUCUUUAGGCGCACGGUUGUUUUAUAUACUGAAUGCACGCCGCAGGUACGUGUGCAACUUUUUAUGGAUUGAGCUCCCUUUUCUUUUGACGUAGACAAACGUGUUAGUUUAAUCUGCCUUAAACAACAGCAAUUGUUGAUGUCUUUCUUUGUAACCUUCUAUGUUUCUGCCACAUAUUUUUUUUUUUACCACACUGAAGAAAAAUAGCGGGAGACGCAAGGAUGUGUAUAGAGCUAUUAAUUUUAUUCGUCAACGCGAUCCGCCAACUCGCCCUGCAUUUCGUAGGCACUGUCGCACUGCACAAAAAACAAUAACGGUUUUCUUUUCGAAUGUUUGCUAUUAGUUCGAUAUGACUCUCUUCAUUUCCGUGAAGUUCAUUUUAAAGAAUGUUAGUUCGAGAUAACUUUUUCAACUCCGUAAAAGAACUGAGUUUCUCCUCUUAACAAAACCUUCUAGUGGUCUGGUAAUCCAAGCUCAGUGCGGCUCUCGUUCCACGCCAGUGCGCAUGCGCAGGAACAUCGGCAACACGUAUGUUCCGGGUAUGUUCAGUGGCUCCGUGUCUGUACAUCGGGCUUCAAAUACUUACGGAGCGCCGGAGUUGAGAAUUUUAAAAAAUACUGAAUAUUUCUUGAGCCUACACAGGCACGGAGCCUGUACUUCAGAGUUGCCGUACCUGUGCUAGCGUACGCGGCCAACAUAUUACUGCGCUGUUUCACUGUCUGCAAACUAAAAUUGACGCUAAAAUUCGGAUUUUUUGGCAGAACCCGCGUCCCGCAAAUCUUUGGCACCGACUGUACGUUUUUCUGCUUCAAGAGGGGACUCUCACACCGUUGCAGUUUGGGUAUCUUAGAAAUAGUGGUCCUACAGUUGUGGCAGACACUAUUGGUCCAGCGUACAAAAAUAAAAAAGAAAGCUUGGCUAGUACGCAUACGUCGUGGGCCUGCAGCUCUCUGUAGGAUACGAUAACAAUCCUUUAUCGUGCGCAAGCUGCUUGUGGGCGUUAGUUUCUAAGGCAUCAUCCUCUAUAUUGCGCUCGCCAUGCAACACAGGCAGGAAGGCUAUAGUUGAUGUGCGGCUUCAAUAUGCACAGCGCAAGGAUACGAAUCAAGAGGGUGUGGCUCUAUAUGGUGCCCCUAUCAUACGGAAAUGAAGGUUGCGGUAAAUAAAACAAAUAUGGAGUCGAAAAACGGCUCCGACAAGUAGCUUCGCAGAAUUUCAAGUGGAAUUCACUUUUAUUUACGGAAAGCGUGUCGCACUUAACGGGAACGAGAACCUGAUUAGCGUUCAAGCACUUAGUCAAACUUGUUGAGAGAAGUGACAAUUCAGGUUUUCUCAAAUGGGAUGUACGCUUUUGCUUCAGGAAGAUAACACUGAACAGUUGAAGUAUGGAAGUAUGGAACUUUUAUACAGACAUGGUACAACAACUUAUACUGCAAAAUCCUGACACACAGUCCUCCCAAAAUGAGGAACUCUAUUUAGAGUGAAAAUAACUUCGUAAUGUCCCAAAACAAAUAUAAUAAUAUAACUCAGAAUUAACGUGAAAAACCAGGGAUAGAAAAUGCGAUGAAGCACCGAUCAUUUCGAUUGUUCCUCCAGGCGUUCCUGAGGAAACUUGCUUGAAACACCGCUACAUUUUCCUGUCAAAUAUAUAUAUAUAUAUAUAUACAAAAGAAAUAAUAAUAAAUAUGUAGCUACUUAUAAUUUUAUUAGUAAUAAUUAAUUGUGUUGCUGCUGUCACUGUUGAAAUUGCUGACAAUUACAAUCACCUACCCGCAAAAAAAGAAAGAAAUUAGAAAGGCUUUUUACACGUAAAAUUCCCAUAUGGUAUACGCGGAAACAGACCGGUCAGGGAAAGCGCGAGUGCUUUUUCUCAUUCACAUUGCAAAGACCGGACAUCAAGAAUUGUGUUUCUAAAUUAUAGAUAUAUACGUGUACGCUUGCGUGGGUGCGUAGUUUUGUCGAGAUAAACAUAAUAGCCUGCAGAUUCCUAAACCUUCUCUUGCAUAUGCAUCGUUAUCAUCCAAUUUCCCUCUCAGACUGUAGACGAUAUUUCCCGAGGAGACGUGAGAAGCGCCCAGUACCUGCAUCAUUAACGAAACAUUUACUCGUCGCUACCGUACGACUUGUAAUUCACUUUCGCUUACACACAUCACCAGGAGCGGCGAAUUUGCAUUUUGAGACCGAAUGCGUUAUAUUCUGACACCCUUUCUUAAUGGCACUACGAUAAGUAUCACGAUGCAUAUAGGAGACGAUAGUAAAAGGUUCUUUGAGCUUGUAUAAAGAUUACGUAAAUGUAACCUCCAAGCAAUUUCUUUUCGCAUUUUCUCCGAGACAACACUAUGUGACAUUGUGUUGUCGGGAAUGCUAGCAAAGGAGGUGCUUAGAGUGCAAAUGCUAGGUGUCCAAAUCCAUGGCCUUAGCCACGGUUCCCAGUGGGUAACACACACUAAUCUCGAAGGUCAUGCCUUCGCUCGUUGCAUGUGCAGGAAGCGAUAUUCAGGAGCCGUAAACACGUCAUAGACACCACGUUCGGGGCACCACCUAUCGGUUACCAUCAUUUAGAGCGCAUGCUAGGUGCGCCAUUCGAUUCGUAAUUAUUGAGAUAAAAUCUCAAUUUCGCAUGUAAUAAAGAAAGGGUAGUCCACAAAUCCGGUCGCUUAGAUCA